ACUCCAGUCCAACCUCUCUCUCUGCUGCGAAAUGCUUCAAACGCAAGAACGAAAACAAAACCCAUAUCCAACGAAAAGCGAUUUCUAGGGUUUUCUCUCUAGCAUGUUUUAUACCUUUUUUUUUUCUGAGGGAGUAACCAUGAAUUUUUGCUGUGGACCGCUCUGGACAUGUAGAAGAUGCUGAUGUCUGAUGUCGAGAGGAGCGGAACAGUAAGUCGUCAUGGCUGGGUUGGAGGAGCUGAAAAAGAAGCUAGGUCCCUUGUUUGAUGCUGACAAAGGCAUCUCAGAUGGCACAUUCAUGGACCCUUCCGCAUCGUAUAUGGUAUCAGAUGGUGGAACGGUCAAUCUUUUGAGCAGAUCAUGUGGAGUGUAUAAUAUCAAUGAGCUUGGUUUGCAAAAGCGCACAUCUGGGCUGAUAGAUGAAACGGAUGCUAGCGAAAGGACAUACCGUUGUGCUUCUCAUGAGAUGCAUAUUUUUGGAGCGAUAGGUUGCGGUGCAAGCAGUGUUGUUCAGAGGGCUAUCCAUAUAUCUGUCCAUCGAAUAUUAGCCCUGAAAAAGAUUAACAUCUUUGAGAAGGAGAAAAGGCAACAGCUUCUCAAUGAGAUAAGGACACUCUGUGAGGCACCCUGUUAUCAGGGUUUGGUGGAAUUCCAUGGAGCAUUUUACACCCCCGAUUCAGGGCAAAUCAGCAUUGCUCUGGAGUACAUGGAUGGAGGAUCCCUUGCAGAUGUUUUACGAGUGCGAAAGUUUAUACCAGAGCCAGUCCUUUCAUGUAUGGUCCAGAAACUUUUGAAUGGACUAAGCUACUUACAUGGAGUAAGGCAUUUGGUUCAUAGAGACAUUAAGCCUGCGAAUUUGCUAAUAAAUCUUAAGGGAGAGCCAAAGAUCACCGAUUUCGGUAUAAGUGCUGGAUUAGAAAAUUCAGUGGCAAUGUGUGCUACUUUUGUUGGUACUGUUACAUACAUGUCACCUGAGAGAAUUCGAAAUGAGAGCUAUUCCUACCCAGCUGACAUUUGGAGUCUUGGACUAGCUUUAUUUGAGUGUGGUACAGGCGAAUUUCCAUAUACAGCAAAUGAAGGGCCUGUUAAUCUUAUGUUACAGAUCCUGUAUGAUCCAUCUCCUUCACCUUCAAAGAACUCAUUCUCCCCUGAGUUCUGCUCGUUUAUAGAUGCUUGCCUACAGAAGGAUGCAGAUGCACGGCCAACGGCUGAGCAGCUUUUAUCACACCCAUUUAUUACAAAGUAUGAUAACACAAGCGUGGACCUACCAGCAUUUGUCAGGAGCAUCUUCGAUCCAACUCAAAGGUUGAAGGAUUUAGCAGAUAUGCUCACAGUACACUACUACAUGCUUUUUGAUGGACCUGAUGAACUUUGGCAUCAUGCAAAAACCUUGUAUAAUCAAGGUUCAACCUUCAGUUUCUCAGAGAAACUUUCCGUGGGUCCAAACGACAUCUUCACGACCCUGUCAAAUGUACGAAGAACAUUAGCAGGUGACCGGCCCCAUGAGAAGCUUGUGCAUGUCGUGGAGAAACUGCAGUGCCGUGCACAUGGGCAAGAUGGAGUCGCCAUCCGUGUGUCAGGGUCAUUCAUAAUUGGGACCCAUUUUCUCAUUUGCGGAAAUGGUGUGCAGGCAGAGGGCAUGCCGAGCUUCCAAGAUCUUUCGAUUGAUCUCACCAGCAAACGGAUGGGAACCUUCCAAGAACAGUUCAUCAUGGAACCUGGGAGUGUUAUUGGAUGCUUCUUUGUGGUGAAGCAAGAGCUAUAUAUUCACAAAUAGAUGAUACCAAUGGGCCACCUAUCUAGGUGAUGAUACUAAUCCGCGAUCUACUACUGGCUUUGGUAUUUUCUUGGGUGAUUCUCAUAUAUCAUGGCAGAGUAAGAAAUAACCAAUUGUUGCUCACUUGAGUGCUGAAAUAGAGUAUGAUGCUCUUGCCCAGACCUCAUCUGAACCUGUAUGGCUUCUUCAAGACAUGGGUGUUCCUCAACUGAGCCGACUCCACUCUUUUGUGAUAAUAAAAGCGAAAUUCAAAUUUCUCACAUGUGUUCCAUGAGCACACAAAACACAUUGAGAUUUGAUUGCCAUUUUGUUCAUCAUCAUUUUCUUCAAGGAACCAUCACUCUCCCAUUUGUUUCCUCAGAGCAUCAAGUUGCAGAUCUCCUUACCAAAACUCAUCCUUCUGUGACGUUCCAUUACCUGUUAUCUAAACUCCGGAUGUUUUCUUUUAUACCAUCUUGAGUUUGAGGACGGAUGUUAUAGUACAUCUCAUGUAUGUAGUAAAUAUUAGUUGUACAUGUAGCCGGGUCCUUACUCACGGCUCAGUGGUAGACUCACAAGAGUUUCAAGAGAGAGGUCAUGGGUUUGUGUACCCAUUGUGGGGUGAGUGUGUUAAAAAAAAAAAAAAAAGAAGUUGUACAUGUAGCUAUAUUAGGCAUAUUACUUUAUUUUAUUUUAUCUCUCUGUACCUCUAGUCUUGUAUAUAAUCAGUUCAAUGGUCUUGUAUUGUCGGUCUUUUCUUAAUAAAAUAUUCCAAACCUUUACCAUUGUCAUCGAGAUUUUCAGGUUGGAUCGGCCUAAAUAAGCUUAUUCCACAAACGUUGUAGAGAUUGGACCUUGAAGCAUUAAUGGAUUGGCUGCUAAUUUACAUUAAAAGGCACUGCAUCAACAGUUGACCAUACACGUCGUAGGGCUUUGCAACUCUGCCAAGAGAACCGUCAGCUGUUGCCUCCUCUUUCAAGUCGGAUUCAUAGUGUGUUUUUAUUUUUCUUUUCCCGGGGCUCAACUUGUAUUUAUGAGAUUUCAAGUUAAUAUGAAUUUAGAAAAGCUAACUGAUAAUUGUUUAUAAGGAAAAGAUGGCCGACUGUUGUUUCAUGUAA